AUGCUACGGACGUCAUUUGUAGCGAUCUCGAUCCAUCAAGCGCCUGAUCACAUCUACAUCGCCCAUGCGACAAUAAAGAGGGCGCUGUGCUGGAUCGUGCUCCACCAGGGGGAGCACGGCAGCUUCCCCGAACCGGGCCGCAUCAUACACACCGACAUGCAGGAAGGAGCUGCUGGUGGAAUCCCGCUCUCUGCCUACACUCUCAAUGCUCUGCUGGCGAACAGGCGCAAGCUGUCGAGCGACUUGACGAAGUUGAAGCUGGACAAUGCAGUCCGGCGCGGAGAGAAGCGACUCGUGUCACAGCUGGACGUCAUCGCAGAUGACCCGUACUCGCUCCCCGUCACCACCUACGCUCUCGUCAUCAAAGUGUCACAGCUGGACGUCAUCGCAUAA